UUAACAGCAGCCCUGUGAGAGCAGGAAAAGACGGUGUGUUGUAGCGCCGGGUGUUUCAGUGUUCAAACUCUUUCUGUUAAUAUCCUUUUUUUUUAAAUAUUGUAUUUUAUUACUAACAUUUUAAUCAUUUUUGGUGUUUAUAUUUAGCCUCCCUUGUCCUGCUGUAAAGUUUAUUUUGAUUUUUUUUUAAACUUUACUAGCAGUGACCAAGGUCACGCGCUUAGAUGCACUCAUUCGCACGUGCGCUCUCAAAGCCGUGUAAAGGAUCCCAGGUUUGUCCAAAAUGGCAGGAUUGAUUAAUUUUGAAGACGAGAAAGAAGUGAAAGAGUUCCUAGACAAUCUGGGAGUGGAGUAUAGCUAUCAGUGCUACAAGGAGAAAGACCCUGAAGGUUGCCAUAGGUUGGCAGAUUAUUUGGAAGGGGUGAAGAAGAACUACACUCAGGCUGCUCAGGUCCUCAAGCACACCUGUGAGAAUUACAGUCACAGUGAGAGCUGCUACAAGCUCGGGGCCUACCAUAUCACGGGCAAAGGUGGGGUGACCGAGUGUCUAAAGAGUGCCUACUCCUGCUUUCUCAAGGCCUGUAAUGCCAACGGAAAGAAGUCAGUGGAUGCAUGCCACAACGUGGGCUUGCUGGCCCAUGACGGUCGAGCCUUAGAGGGUGGUCCAGACCCCGUUGCAGCUCGUCAGUACUAUAAGAAAGCCUGUGAGGGAGGAUUUGCUCCUAGCUGUUUCAAUUUAAGCGCCCUGUACAUCCAGGGCUCAGCAGAAGUGAACAAGAACAUGUCCGAGGCUUUAAAGUAUGCAGUGCGCUCCUGCGAUCUGGGCCACGUUUGGGGCUGCGCCAAUGCCAGCCGCAUGUACAAACUGGGAGACGGCACCGAGAAGGAUGAGCAGAGAGCAGAGGAGCUGAAGAACAGAGCAAAAGAACUUCACGGGCAACAGAAAGAGCAGCAGCUGAAGUUCGGAGAGUGAGAGAGAGAAAAUGUGACAGAUUUAGUGUGAUAUUUGGAUUCUCAGUGUUGUACUGAGCACUAGACCAGCUGUCGGAGUGUGUGAGUGAUGGAGCUGCGUAAUGUGUGUACUGUAUUGGGGCCUGAUUAAUAACUUGGGGCAUUAAUAAGAAUUGUAUUUGAUUGCAAACUCAUCUUGAUGUGUAUCAGCAUGUGGACAUGUGACAAAACUUUCCAUUUGUAAAUCUGUGUUAAAAGUAUUAGAGUUCUAUGGUAAUAAAAGUAUUAAA